AUGAGUAAAGAUUUCGACCCGGUUUCCGCACCAAUUUCGGAAGAUGCAAAGCUUGUUACGUUGGAGACUCAAGGUGGAGAUGCCAUUAGAGGUUACUCUUUUGGUGCCAAUGUUUCUGCUGCGGGAGAGCUUGUUUUUCAGACCGGUAUGGUUGGUUACCCAGAGUCUAUUACGGAUCCAUCUUAUGAAGGCCAGAUUCUCGUUAUGACAUAUCCUAUGAUUGGUAAUUAUGGUGUUCCAGAUAGGACAAUCAGGGAUGAUACUAUUUCAUCUAUUCCAAAGUAUUUUGAAUCCCGGAAGAUUCAUGUUGCGGGUCUCGUCGUUGCGGGUUAUACGGAGAAAUACUCCCAUUACUUAGCAAAAUCUUCUCUCGGUGCAUGGCUUAAGGAGCAGGGUGUCCCAGCCAUAUAUGCCGUUGAUACCAGAUCUUUAACGAAGGACCUUCGUCAGCAUGGUUCAACAUUGGGAAGGUUGUGCAUGCAAAAACCAGGUAUCGUGGCCUCAGAAAUUUUGAAGAGAAUUAAUGUGGCAAAGGAAGCCGGCUCUGUAGACGAUGCUUCUUCUAAUGAACGUUCUGAAGGUAAAGAAAUUGAAGCGAAAUCAGAUAAGUCAUUGACUUCCUUAAUCUGGGCAUCAUUCUUUGAUAUUCCUGAUUGGGUUAAUCCGAAUGACAAGAAUCUUGUCUCUAAGGUUUCAACAAAAGAGCCUGUGAUUUAUAAUCCUCGUGAGAACGAUGCAAAAUUAGGUCCUGACGGAAAACCGUUGAGAAUACUUGCGAUUGAUGUGGGUAUGAAGUUUAAUCAAGUUAGGUGUUUUGUUAAAAGAGGUGUUUCUUUAAAGGUGGUUCCUUAUGAUUAUGAUUUUUUAAAGGAGAACUAUGAUGGGCUUUUUGUUUCAAAUGGUCCGGGUGAUCCUUCUGUGAUGAAAGAUGUGAUUUCAAAGCUUUCUAUUGCUUUAAAAGAAGCUAAAACCCCUAUUUUUGGUAUUUGCUUGGGUCACCAAUUGCUGGCUCGUGCCUCUGGUGCCUCUACUAUUAAGUUGAAAUUUGGUAAUAGGGGUCAGAAUAUCCCUUGUACUUGCACCAAAUCUGGCCGUUGUUACAUCACUUCUCAAAACCACGGAUAUGCCGUUGAUGCCGAUACACUUCCUGCAAACUGGAAGCCAUUAUUUGUUAACGCAAACGAUCAAUCGAACGAGGGUAUUUACCAUACUGAAAAGCCUUUCUUUUCUGUUCAAUUUCAUCCAGAAUCUACCCCUGGUCCACGUGAUACCGAAUUCCUUUUCGAUGUUUUUAUCGAUGCGGUUGCAAAUUUCAAGAAGGAUCAUAUCUUAAAGCCGAUUACAUUCCCUGGUGGUGAGAUGGCGGAGAACAAACUUCUUCACCCUCGAGUCCAGGUCAAAAAGGCACUUGUUUUGGGAUCAGGCGGUCUCUCUAUUGGUCAAGCCGGUGAGUUUGAUUAUUCCGGUUCUCAGGCCAUUAAAGCUUUGAAGGAGGAAGGUAUUUACACAAUUUUGAUCAAUCCUAAUAUUGCUACAAUUCAAACAUCAAAAGGAAUGGCCGAUAAGAUAUACUUUUUGCCAGUUAAUCCGGAGUUUGUUCGUAAGGUUAUUCUUCAUGAGAGGCCAGAUGCGAUUUAUUGUACUUUUGGUGGCCAGACAGCUUUAAAUGUGGGUGUCAAGCUUAAGGACGAGUUUGCAAACCUUGGAGUGAAAGUUCUUGGAACACCGAUUGAUACUAUCAUGACCACAGAGGACAGAGAGCUAUUUGCACGUGCAAUGGAUGAUAUUAAUGAGCAUUGCGCCCGUUCAGAAUCCGCUGACAACAUGGAAGAAGCAUUACAUGCUGCUCAUGAUAUAGGCUAUCCUAUUAUCUGCAGAGCCGCUUAUGCAUUAGGUGGAUUGGGAUCAGGAUUUGCCAACAAUGAUAACGAUUUGACUAUUCUUUGUGAGAAAGCUUUUGCUGUCUCCCCCCAAGUUUUGAUAGAAAAGUCUAUGAAAGGAUGGAAAGAAAUUGAGUACGAGGUCGUCAGAGAUGCUUUUGACAAUUGUAUCACUGUUUGUAACAUGGAGAAUUUUGAUCCUUUAGGUAUCCACACAGGGGACUCUAUUGUCGUUGCACCAUCUCAGACUCUUUCCGAUGCCGAUUACAAUAUGCUUCGUACCACCGCUGUUAAUGUGAUUAGGCAUUUGGGCGUUGUUGGUGAAUGCAACAUUCAAUAUGCUCUUAAUCCAACUUCGAAGGAAUAUUGUAUUAUUGAAGUGAACGCCAGAUUGUCUAGAUCUUCUGCCUUGGCUUCAAAGGCUACGGGUUAUCCUCUCGCAUACACUGCUGCAAAACUUGGUUUGAACAUACCACUCACUGAAAUUAAAAACUCCGUUACUAAAGUGACUUGUGCAUGUUUCGAGCCAUCUCUUGAUUACUGCGUUGUUAAAAUUCCACGUUGGGAUUUGAGAAAGUUUAACCGGGUUUCCACUCUUCUAUCUUCGGCUAUGAAAUCUGUCGGUGAAGUCAUGAGUAUUGGACGUAAUUUUGAAGAAGCAAUUCAAAAAGCAAUCAGGUCAGUCGAUUAUCAACACCUCGGAUUUAACAAGCCAUCCACGAAAUCCUUUGAAAUGACGAAAGAUCAGAUUGAUAAAGAGCUUACCAAACCUUCAGACCAGAGAUUAUUUGCGAUUUCAAAUGCAUUUGUUCAGGGUUAUUCUGUUGAGAAGGUUCAUAAAAUGACAAACAUUGAUUUAUGGUUCCUUUCAAAGCUUUUUGACCUAAUUAAAUUUGGCGACAAAAUUUCUUCGUUCAGUGAUAGCGAAAGACCCCUUCCUGUAGAUUUGCUUCUUCAAGCCAAGCAACUUGGCUUUGAGGAUCGUCAAUUAGCAUUCUUUCUUCAUUCGAAUGAGGUUGCAAUUCGCAGAAUCAGGAAAGAGGCAGGUAUCAUUCCAUUUGUUAAACAGAUUGACACGGUUGCUGCGGAGUUCCCUGCGUUCACUAAUUAUCUUUACAUUACUUACAAUGCUUCUGAAAGUGAUGUCGAUUUCAAUGAUCAUGGCGUUAUGGUUUUGGGAUCUGGUGUCUACCGUAUUGGGUCCUCUGUGGAAUUUGAUUGGUGUGCUGUUAGGGCCAUUAGGACUCUUCGUGAGAAUGGCUACAAAACUAUUAUGGUGAAUUUCAAUCCAGAAACAGUUUCUACGGACUAUGAUGAGGCAGAUCGUCUUUACUUUGAAACAAUUGAUCUGGAAAGAGUACUGGAUAUAUAUGAACUGGAGAAGGCUUCAGGAGUAGUCAUCUCCAUGGGUGGCCAAACUUCAAACAAUAUUGCCUUACAACUUUCAAGACAAAAUGUGCAUGUACUUGGUACUUCUCCGGAAAUGAUAGACUCUGCUGAAAAUAGAUACAAGUUUUCGCGUAUGUUAGAUAGAAUUGGCGUUGAUCAGCCAGCAUGGAAAGAACUCACCUCUUUUGAUGAGGCGGAGGAAUUUGCUGAGAAGGUGAGUUAUCCUGUUCUUGUUAGGCCUUCCUAUGUUCUUUCCGGUGCUGCGAUGAAUACAUGUUGGUCUCGUGAUGAUUUGAGAAAUUACCUGGGUCAGGCUGUUAGGGUUUCACCUGAUUAUCCGGUUGUCAUUACAAAGUUCAUCGAGAAUGCAAAGGAAAUUGAUGUUGAUGCAGUUGCCCGCGACGGAAAACUUGUUAUGCAUGUUGUUGCCGAGCAUGUUGAAAAUGCAGGUGUUCACUCAGGAGAUGCUACGCUUGUCGUUCCACCCCAGGAUCUUUCAAAGGAGACUGUUAAGAGGAUUGUUGAAGCGACUGCCAAAAUUGGAAAAGCUCUUGCUAUUACUGGACCUUACAACAUUCAGUUCAUGGCUAAGAAUAAUGAAAUAAAGGUCAUAGAGUGUAAUGUGCGAGCCUCAAGGUCAUUUCCAUUUAAUUCUAAAGUAGUUGAUGUUGAUAUGAUUGAGAUUGCAACCAAAGCAAUUAUGGGUAUUCCUUUCGAGCCAUAUCCGGGAAAGAAACUACCUGCUGACUACUGUGCGGUCAAGGUUCCAAAAUUCUCGUUUUCAAGGCUUACCGGUGCCGACCCUGUUCUGGGUGUUGAGAUGGCUUCAACGGGUGAAGUCGCUUGUUUUGGUCAUGAUGAGUAUGAAGCUUAUGCGAAGGCACUUAUUGCUUCUGGAUUCAUUCUCCCUAAGAAGAAUAUACUUCUUUCAAUAGGUUCAUAUAAGGAGAAGCAAGAGCUUUUGCCAUCUAUCAAGAAGCUUCAUGAUAUGGGAUUUAAUCUUUUUGCAACUGCUGGUACUGCUGACUUUAUCCAUGAGCAUGGAAUUCCUGUCAAAUAUUUGGAGUUAUUGAACCCGGAAAGUGAUGACAAACAGAAAAAGGAAUAUUCCUUAACGGAGCAUCUCGCCAACAAUAUGAUAGAUUUAUAUGUGAAUCUUCCAUCUGCAAAUCGUUUUAGAAGACCUGCAAACUAUAUUUCACAGGGAUACAGGUCUAGAAGAAUGGCUGUCGAUUUUGCUGUUCCUUUGGUGACGAAUGUGAAAUGUGCCAAAUUCCUCUUUGAGGCAAUUUACAGGCAUGCAAGUCUUGAAGUUGGUCCAGUCGAUGCGCAAUCAUCACAUGAGACUGUAAAACUUCCAGGUCUCGUUGCUCUGGGAGUGUUCAUUCCAUAUCUUUCCGAUUCCACUCAAUCUUCUGUAAGGGCAUUUGAGGACACAACAAAAAUCGCCUUGGCAUCAGGAUUCAGCCUUGUUUCAGUUCUUCCUUAUAAUAAAUUUGGCCCUGCAAUAACCGAUGUGGGCACUAUGACAAAGGUUCAUGAAGCAAUAGAGGAUUCUGCUUACACUGACUAUUCAUUUUCUUUGGCUGCUACAGAAAAGAACGCUGACGCUGUUGAAUUAGCUUCCGGUCAAUCAUCUUCACUUUAUAUUAAGGCAGAAGAGUUCAAGGACACGGAUAAAGUUAUAUCCAUAUCUUCACAUUUCAAUGAAUGGCCUCAGAGCAAGCCAAUCGUUGCAGAUGCGAAGAAGACGGAUCUUGCCUCGAUACUCCUUCUGGCAUCAUUAUUUGGUACCAAAAUACACGUGACAAAUGUAACUGGUGCUUCCGAUUUGGCUUUAAUAGCGAUGUCCAAAGAAAAGGAACUUCCUGUCACGUGUGAUGUUUCGAUUUACGCACUAUUCUUGUCCCAGGAUGACUUCCCAGAAGCAAAAUUCUUACCCACAAAGGAAGAUCAAGAUGCACUUUGGGAUAAUUUAGAUCAGGUUGAUUGUUUCUCUAUUGGAUAUUUACCUACUCAGUUGGCAGAAUUUUUGGGCAAGCCUGUCAGUGCUGGAAUGGGUAUUGUUGAUGUUAUUCCAUUACUUUUGAAGGCUGUUUCGGGGGGAAAGCUCACUUUGGAAGCCCUGAUCGCAAAAAUGCAUGAUAAGCCGAUUGAGAUAUUAGGCUUUGGUGAUGUGGAUUCCACCGUCGAUGUGGAUGCUGAUCGUCUCAUUUCAUCCUUGAAAAAAAUUCCUGUCUCAGCAAAUUCGUGGUCGCCUUUCCAGGGCAGACAUUUGAAGGGUGCUGUUGAGAGAGUUCUUUAUAACCAGCAUACCGUCUGUUUGGAAGGUGAAUUCGUUGUGAAAGAAGCAAUGGGUAAGGAGAGCAUCGAAAAUGCGCAGUAUCCAUCGUCCUUGGUUGAAAAGCCAGGUGAUAAGGUGUUCAAGUCUGCAAAGAAUGUGAAGAUUUCUACUGCCGCCACCUCUACUUCCUCACCGGUUACACCUCGUUCUAGAAGGAGAUCAUCAAGAUUCUCAUUUGAUUCUGUUAAGAGACCCGUUCUCAAGUCAGGUUUUAAAGAGAAGGAAGUUGCAGGGGUCUCUGUUGGUGCAAUUGAAGAAAUAGACCAUCCUACAGGAGCGGACUUAGUUUCAUCUUUGCCUCCACGGGAAUUGAGCCCUCCAAAUGCUAUUUCCUCUUUAAUUAGAUCGAAUAAUCCGUUCCUUCGUAAGAGUGUUCUUUCAGUGAAUGGCAUUACCCGAGAGAAUUUGCAUGCAUUGUUUGCGGUUGCUCAAGAGAUGAAGCUUGGCGUUGAAAGAGAGGGAGUUCUUGAUAUUCUCAAGAGACGCGUGUUAGUGACAGCUUUCUUUGAGCCAUCAACAAGAACUGCAUCAUCGUUUAAUACUGCUAUGCAGAGACUUGGAGGGCGUGUCGUUGCUGUCAAUGGGCAAAGUUCAUCAGCUAAGAAGGGUGAGACCUUGCAAGAUACUAUUCGUACCCUGGCAUGCUAUUCCGAUGCAAUUGUUUUGAGACAUCCCUCGGAGGAAAGUGCUUUUAUUGCUGCUAAGUAUUCACCUGUUCCAAUAAUUAAUGGUGGAAAUGGCUCCAGGGAGCAUCCCACGCAAGCAUUCUUGGAUCUUUUCACUAUCAGGGAGGAACUGGGCACUAUCAAUGGUAUUACUGUUACAUUUAUGGGUGAUCUUAAAUAUGGUAGACCUGUGCACUCGCUCAUAAAAUUGUUGAAGCACUAUCAGGUUAAGGUUCAGCUUGUGUCCCCUCCAGAAUUGAGGUUACCUCGCAAUCUUGUCGAGUUCUUGAGACAGCAUGGAAAGCCUGUCAUUGAAUCAAGCGAACUAACAAAGGACAUAAUCGCCAAAUCUGAUGUGUUGUACUGUACAAGAGUGCAGCAGGAGAGGUUUGCAGAUAAGGCGGAAUACGAGAGGUUGAAAGAUGCGUACAUAGUUGAUAAUAAGAUUCUUUCUUAUGCCAAACAGCAUAUGUGCGUCAUGCAUCCCUUACCAAGAAUUCACGAGAUUAAGGAGGAGGUCGAUUUUGAUCAACGUGCUGCAUACUUUAGGGAAAUGCGUAAUGGUUUAUUUGUCAGGAUGGCGUUGUUGGCUAUGGUUAUCGGUGUUGAUGAAAUGUGA